AUGAAUGAGAUCAAGCUGGCUCUCCUGGGGAGUGGCGGUGCUGGGAAAACAGCUAUUCUGGUGCGCUUCCUGACUAAACGUUUCAUCGGAGAGUAUGCUUCCAGUGCAAAUUCUUUGUACCAUAAAAGGCUGUCCAUUGAUGGGAGACAGUUAAACCUGGAAAUAUUUGACCCGUGCUCUCAGAGUGGAGGCAGCCGGUGCAUCCUGGAGGAGCCCGUGAACUGGGCAGAUGGAUUUGUGGUGGUGUACAACAUCAGCGACCGAAUGUCCUUCCUUCAUGCCAAAAGUGUCCUGCGGCAGAUCAAAGAGGCCCGAGAGGAGAGCAGUAAGGGGAUGGUAGAUGUUCCAGUCUUUUUAGUGGGGACCAAGCAGGACCUCUGCAAUGCUCGGCAGGUGUGUGAGGAGGAGGGGAGAUCUCUGGCCCAGGAGGAGCGCUGCCACUUCCAGGAAGUGUCUGCAGCUGAGGACUACUUGGGGAUAUCUAACCUCUUCACCAAACUCAUCCGUCAUGUGAUGGACAACCUGAAGCACUGUGCAGGCCGCAGACGAUACAGUGGCUCCAAGUCCAUGGCUAAACUCAUCAAUAAUGUCUUUGGUAAAAGGAGGAAAUCUGUCUGA